CCUCCCUUCUUCUCUCCCUUCCUCCCUCCCCGCAGCCUAGGCGCCUGCUCCGCUAUGGGAGCCACCGUCGUCCCCGUAGCCGCGGUGUCUUCCUGCUCCUCCUUUUCCUCCUCCUCUUUCUCCUCCUCCUCAGUGCCCCAGUAAGGCCACUCCCGCACCACACACGAUCUCCAAUCAGAGGUUGUCCUCAAAAAACUAUUUCUCAAGAUUUUUGGAAUAUUCUGCUAGAAACAUUCUCUCCUUGUAUUUAUCUCUAUGCUUCACCUCCAACAAUCCUUUAAAGACUUUAAUUCUUCUUUUGAACCACGUGGAGACAUCUUGCUUCACUUCUGUGCUUUCUGAGGAAACCACAGUUUUCUGAUUCAACAGACCGGAAAACCAAGACUUACUGACUUAUCUGACAUCAGUACAGUGAGUUUCAUGGAGGUGAGAAUUAGACCUGAAGAUUUUUGAAUUUCCAGUUCCAUGUUUUAAUUAGCACUAAUCAAAUGACAAAAUAUUGAUGUUUGUCAUUUGGGAGACAUUUUACAAAAAAGUUAGCUCUGGAACUUGAUGGGUGACAACCCUCUUCACCCAAAAGAUAAUUUAAAAAUGGCUGAACUAUUUAUGGAGUGUGAAGAAGAAGAGCUGGAACCAUGGCAGAAGAAAGUAAAAGAAGUUGAGGGUGAUGAUGAUGUAGAUGAUGAUGAUGAUGAUGAUGAUGUUGAUGAUGAUGAUGAUGAGCCAAUUUUUGUUGGGGAGAUUGCAAGUUCAAAACCAGCCAUUUCAAAUAUUUUGAACAGAGUCAACCCCAGCUCAUCAACAAGAGGAAUACAGAAUGGUGCCACCAAUAGAGGUGCUGUAGCUUCAUUCAAGCCAACCAGUCAACACUACAUGACUCCAACAUCAAAUCCUAUGGCAGCUUCACCAGUUUUUCAAUCUCUAUCAAGUUCUACAGUUAGUACUGUCGCUCAGCCAUUGUCUAAACCUGGUCACAUAGUGAGCUCACCACAAGUUGUACCUAAUAAUUCUUCAGGGUUACUGUUUGACUUGAGACAAAAUGCAGGAAUACCACAGUACCAGGGUGGACCAACACGCGCUUUAACAGUAAACAGUGUUGCUUCAAAGAAACCCAAGUCCAGUGAAGGUAUUGCUGGAACCCAUCCUUCAUCCGCAUUUUCUUCAGUAAAGUCAUCAUCACAGAGUACACUUUCAAAAGGUACAAUUACUUCAGCUAAAAAUGGACCACCUUUCCCUAGAGCCUGUCCAAAGUGUAACAUUCAUUUUAAUCUGUUGGAUCCUUUAAAAAAUCACAUGAAGUAUUGUUGUCCAGAAAGAGUAAACAACUUCUUUUGGGGAUCUAAUAAAACAGAAUAUUCAAGUGCAACAAGUAAAAAUAAAAUUGCUGAUGCUGAUAAAGGAAAAUUGAUCAUGUUAGUUAAUGACUUUUAUUAUGGGAAACAUGAAGGAGAUAAUCUACAAGAACAGAAGACUCACACAACCUUUAAAUGCUUCAGUUGCCUGAAAAUACUUAAAAAUAAUAUUAGGUUUAUGAACCACAUGAAACACCAUUUGGAACUUGAGAAACAGAGCAGUGAAAGCUGGGAAAACCACACGACUUGCCAACAUUGCUAUCGUCAAUUUCCCACACCUUUCCAGCUGCAAUGUCACAUUGAAAGUACACAUACCCCCCAUGAAUUUUCUACUAUUUGUAAAAUCUGUGAGUUAUCAUUUGAAACAGAGCAAGUUCUUUUACAACAUAUGAAGGACAAUCAUAAACCUGGUGAAAUGCCAUAUUUUUGUCAGGUGUGUAAUUAUAGAUCAUCAUCAUUUUCUGAUGUGGAAACACAUUUUAGAACUUCCCAUGAAAAUACUAAGAAUUUGCUUUGUCCAUUUUGCCUCAAAGUUAUUAAACUUGCUACACCAUACAUGCAUCAUUAUAUGAAACAUCAGAAAAAAGGAAUAUAUCGCUGUACAAAGUGCCGACUUCAGUUUUUGACUUGCAAAGAGAAAAUGGAUCAUAAGACUCAACAUCGAACAUUUAAAAAACCCAAACAAUUGGAAGGAUUGCCUCCUGGAACAAAAGUUACUAUCCGAGCUUCAGUUGGACCUCUUCAGGCAGGAGCAUCAACUGCACCUUCUAUUAGUGCAAGCACUUCUACUCUUCAGCUAUCUCCUCCACGGACUAAAAAUACAACUGCAAAAAGUACUACUGCAAAAACCACCACUGCAAAAAGUACCACUGCAAAAAACAGUACAAGAACUACUGCAACAAAAUCUAAAUCCAAACCGAAAACAUCUCAUGGGCAAAAGAAGCCAGGAACAGGCUCUGGGGGCACAAAGAGAAACAAAGUUAAUACAGCAUUGAGGAAUUUAAGACCUCUCUAGGACACUGCCUGACCGCUUUAUUUGGCAUGAAGAACAAGCAGAUAAUAAAAAGGUGCUCCUUUUACUGCUGUGCACUACUGGAAUUAUUCUGUUUAAUCUAUAAUUUCCAUAUUUUAGUACUAAACUUACCCUGCUUGAUUCUCAACUGGUUAAUCUUAUUGCCUCUCUGCUUAUUUCACACACACACACACACACACACACACACACACACACACACACACACACACACACACACACGAAGCCUUAACUGAUAUUGCAAGUCCAGGUGACAUGUUCACUCUUACUUUUCAAUUUUAUACUCAUUAGAUUUUUUUGUAGUUUUACUGGAUCCUUAUACCAAAGCAUAUCACUAUAAUAGAAGUCUUUGGUCUCUGUGUAAAAAAUGUUGAUUUGAGUAUUUUGGAUUAAAGAAUUAAAAUAUUUAUAUGAGUUCCCCUACUGUUUUAGUUUUAAAAUGUUAUUUUGAUUUUUGUUGUUGUUGUUGUUGUUUUAUGUUCCCAUAAGGUUUCGUCGGGGAGUUCACAAGUGCAUUGAGUGUUAUUCGGAAAUAAAAGAUUUUGCAAACCAUUUUCCUACAUAUGUCCACUGUAGUUUAUGCAGAUACAACACUAGCUGUAGUAAAGCCUAUGUAAAUCACAUGAUGAGGUAAGAUGAGUUGAUAUUUGUAAAUUGUUAGUUUAACACUGAAAUGAGUAGGUUUAUUUUCUGAAAUUAGUUAAUGUUCAUUGUUCCUUAUAUGGUAAAUACCAUAUUACCUGUUAUUUGAGAAACUUAUAAUCACUAUAGUAUCUCUCAAUAUAACCAUUCAGCUGAGAAUUGACUAUUAAGAGCAGUCAGGUUAGAAGAAGCUAGCAUAAGGUCAAAAAUUGUUAUUUUUUUGUUCUCUUGGGUUUUGUUUGGAGAAAAUGGACUCUUAGAGGAGUUAUAGUAGUGACUCUAAUGUGAUGAUGUUGACUCCUUUGCUUUGAAUAAAUUAUCCAGUCAUUUUUGGAAGACAGGUCAGCUAUUCUAACAGUGCUACUAGCACUUAAAAUACUUGUGAAAUUCACUUUUGGAUCCUUUAUUUUUCUCAGCAUAGUCAGUUGGCCAAGUUUCAUCCUUUAGGGUAGAUUUGUUUCAGGGGAACAGCUUGAAUUAGUGCAAGUCUAGUGGUACAGUUGGGUUAUCAACUUUGGAUAUAUUGGUUUUGACCAAAAAUGAAUAAUGGCCAUGUAUUUUCAUGUGGCUCAUGAACUUGACUUUAUACCAGCUCUUUCUUGUUGUCAUUACUUAACUGAAAUCUAAUAUAUUCUUUCACUUUCCUGACUGACAAGCAUCUACUUCAGAGUCCUUCUUUCUACCUUGUCUCUGCUGUUUACUUUAGGACUUCUAGCAUGUCAGAGUUAUGCCUUUGCAGAUUAUUUGACCUCUACUUUUAAUGACUUUCAUCUGGAUUUCAUCUAUCUGCAGGGUUUUAUCUUAGAUCUCAUUAUCAUACUAAAUGGUGUCACAUUUAAGAGAAUUUGAAUUCUUACCUGACUUUUCACUACACUGCCUUUUUUCUUUUUCUGUAUUACCUUCAUUAUUUCAGCUUCUUUUUUUCCUCCUUGUUUAUCAGACAUCUUUACUUGCAGUGUGCCUAUCUUGGAUGGAAGUUUUAUCAAUGGUGUCACAUUAACAUUUAUGAAUUCAUCUUUUGUCUUUUUCUCCUACUUACCAUGCCCCUUCCUUAACAGUAAGAGAAGAACAAAACCUGUCUAUUUUCUCCAUUUCUCGUAUGACCUGCUGAACAUUUCUAGAAAGUCGCAAAGCUAAGCUUAUUGACUUUAUUGGCAAUUGCUACAUCAUGGUAUGGUAGAAAGUGUACUGGAUCUGGAGCCAGAGGUUCUAGGCUCCAAUCUUGACCAUGUCACUACUUCCUAUAAGACACUGAACAAAUCUUUUUCUAUCUCUUAUAAGUUUUCUCAAGCAUAUAGCUUAGGGAGUUGAAUUAGAUGACCUCUAAGGUCCUUUCUAGUUCUAGAUACAUGAUCCUUAGCUGGGUCCUUGAGGGAAAGAAGGGAAAUAAUCACUUCUUUAGUGCCCAAUAUCUGCUAAGUGUGAAACACCUUUAAGAAAAUUUAAUUUCAUCCUUACAACUAAUCCUGCAAGGUAGAUGCUAAUAUUAUCCCUAUUUUUCUGAUGAGGUAACUGAGGCAUGAAAAGAUUAGAGUUGCCCCUGUUUACACAGCUAGUGUCUUUUUUUUUUAACCUUAGUAACAAUUCUUAAGAUAGAAAGGCAAGGAGGAGGCAACCAGGGUUAAUUGAUUUGCCCAGGGUCACACAGUUAAGAAGUAUCUGAAGCCAGAUUUGAAUUUCGGUUCUUCUCAAUACAGGUAUGGCAUUCUCUAUUCACUGUGCCAUCUUGCUUCCCCAUGUUAAGGAAGGAUCCUAACUCAGAUCACAUACUGCCAUUGUACCAUCCUCUGUUUCCAUGUAAUUGAGACAUUAGGGAUGGUUUUUGCCCUCAAAAAAGACUUGGACAGAACUAAUCUAUCUAGAACAAUUAAGUACUGAGUCAUGUGGUAGUUGGUAUAUAGGUUAUAGUUUUUCAAAAAAACAAGAAACUAGUUUGACAGUUAGAGUAUUUGGGAAAACUUUGUGGAAGAGGUAAUACCUAAAAAAGGUACAUUUAUAUUAUCUCUUUUUUUAUCCUUAAGAUAAUCUGAGAUGGAUAGUGUAAGUAUUAUUACCUCCCUUUUGCAGAUAAGGAAACAGAGGUGAAUUGGCUUCUCCAAAGUUAUCCUAGGAGAUCAACCUAGGUUUUCUAAUAUCAAUGGUGCUCUUUUUACUGUACAUACAAGGUAGGAUGUAAGCCAGACUUGGAAGGAUAAGGAAUCAUUAGAUAAGUGGUUGGAAAGAGAGAGAAUGGUCCAGAUGGGAAGAAUAGCCAAGGCAAAUUCAUGGAGCACUGACAUGUCCAUGAAACAUCUAUGUGGCAGUGAGGUGACUUACUAGGGCAGCAAGUACAUUCAAUGUCUCAUAUUUGAAAAGUCUUAAAGGAUAGGCAGAGGAGGACCACAAAUUAUGAGAAACUCAAAUUAUUAAAAAGUCUAAAGAAAAUAAUCGGCCUACCAAAAACCAGCACUAAGCUAUAUAUUACUCUUCCUCUCAGCAAAGAAUUAUUUUGAGGCAAUUGAGUGAUGUGUCAAUUAUGUUUCAUCAUUAUAGAUAUUUAUUUACUAGUAUAGUUUGGUCUCUUACACAUUUGUAAUUGAAGCAGUUUCAUCUAAUACAUAUAGUUGGUGAUUGGCUGAUCUUAGUUAUUAUUGUUGACUUCUCGAACCUUGUAUCUUGAAAUGUUUGCUGUGUAGUGAAAAUACUUCCCCUGUGAGUGAAAGGAUCUCAGUAAUUGAUUUCUUGCAGAUGUUAUAAAACCACUUAGGGAGGAGAAAAUGGGGAAAAAUUGACUAGAAAGAAAAACUUAAAAAAAACAAACAAACCCAACAACAACUGUACCUCCAAAAAGGGGAAGGUUAAUUUGAUUUUACUAGAAGAUUUAGAUUACAAUUAUACUAUCCAAAUACUGCUUUGGAGUAUGAAUAAAUUAGGUCAUAUAUUUGUUUUUACUUAUUUUUCUUUUAUGUUGAGAUUGGAUAAAUACAACAAUUUCUGUAUUUCUUAGACAUAGCAGUAUUUAUUAUUUAUAUUCUUCUGACUAUGACCUCUAGUUAAAAGAGUUCCAAAUCUACACUUCUGAUCUUGAUCUUUUUCCUGAGCCCCAGGCUUGCAUAUCUUUUGUGCUACUAGGCUUUUUACAAUUGACAUUCCUUCCACACCUCAAAUUCAGCUCUGUCUAAAACUAAAUUCAGUAUUUCCCCCACUUUUCACUGGUUAGUAUUUUUGUUAUACAUCGGUGCUGCCAAUCUACCUUUCAUCAAAGCUUGAAACGUUGGAAUUAUAUUUUGGCUCCUCCUUGUUUCCUGAUAUUUGUGAGCAAGCAUUCUUUCACAUUAAUUUUUUUCAUUUCUUUUUCUACUACAAGUAUAUUAUUUGGGUACACAUUACUUUCUUUUUUCUUUUCUUUUCUUUUUUUUAAUCCUUACCUUCUGCCUUAGAAUCAGUACUGUAUUCUAAGGCAGAAGAAUUGUAAGGACUAGACAAUGGGGGUUAAACGUGACUUGCCCAGGGUCACACAGCUAGGAAAUGUCUGAGGUCAGAUUUAAACCUAUGACUAACCGUCUCUAGGCCUGGCUCUCAAUCCACUGAGCCACCCAGCUGCCCUACCAUAUUACUUUCUUAUUGUACUAUUGCAAAACUGCUGAUUUCCUUGUUUCUUGUGUUUUAUAAAUAAUUCUACCUGCUGCACUCCAAAUAAUCUUAAAAGUAUUAUUCUGGUCCUAUGGUUCUUAUGUUUCAAAAUUGUCAGUGAUUCCUUAUUGUCUUGCAGUAUUCCUUACGUAACAAAUGCCUGAAUUACCUUUCUGCUUAGUCCCAGUCAGCUCCUAUUUCUCCAUCCUCAACUUUGCUUCUUAGAGUCCCUAGUUUCCUUCAACAUUUAGCUCAAGCAUCUUCUGUGUGAAGCUCUUCCCAGUCCUUCCCAGUUGUUAAUGCCUUCUUCUCUAAUUUUACUUUAUCUUAUUUAUGUAAGUUUUGUGUGUAUAUAUAGUAGGGCUUCUGUAUCGGCAAGGGAUGCAUUCCAAGACCUACCAUGGAUGGCUGAUACCUGGAUAUAAAUGAACACCUGCUGACAACAUAUAUAAUGUGAUUUUCUUGUACAUAUAAUCAUAUAUAAUAAAGCUUAAUUGAUGAGCACAGAGUACAAUGCUCUUACCAACAUUAAAUACAGUAAUAAUAAAGCACGUUGUACAUUAUUAUUCAGUACUCUACUCCCGAGGUGUAUGGGUUUUCAAGGAGGACUAGCAUCUCUGGUCUAAAGGUUUGCUGAGCCUCUUUCAGGGUUGGUCACCCACCUUUGAUGUCCUUCUGGCACUUGAUUCUCAUCUAUUGCUCCAAGAAACUGUCUUGGCAGAUGGACUAAAACAGGUUGAGGUUGACCAAUGGGAUACAAACUUAGCAGUGAGUUAGGGGGAUGUCUGUUCUAAGCAUGAAGUCUUCCCCCAGUUGAAUGGGAAAUGAGAACAGUUUGGCCAGGCAUUGAAAGCAGUGAAGCAGGCAACGAGAUGCGUCUAGAGGUUGUUCAGACAUUGAAGAUGCCAUGAUCAUCUACUGCAUCUAGCACCAUUACCAGUUACCCUGACUUGUGUUGAUACUGGACUCUGAUGAGUCUGGAAGAGAGAGAGAGAGAUUGAUGACUUUGUGCAACUCAGCCUUAUUAAAAAUAAAAUUCAUGUUCAGUUAAGACAUCAUCCAGUGAUGUCAUUGGUCCUCUUUGAAAAUGAAGGGAAACAACAAUUCUGUAUAUUUCUCUCUCUCAAAAGGAGAUGAAACACACACUCAGCUGGUGGACUUCAUCAUGUUAACAGCCCAUACUCACUUCGUGAGCAGUUUGAAAUUCAUGAACUAUUUGGUUUGGGUUUUUAUUUUCUAGAAUUUGCCAAUUUUUCCAUGGUUACCUAUGGGUAAUUGAAUCAGUAGAUAUGGGAGUCCCUGCUAUGCUGAAUUAUAUACAACAGAAUCAUAGAUUUAGAGGUGGACAUCUCCUUAAAGAUCCCUCAUUUUGCAGAUAAGUAAACUGAGGUUCAGAAAUUAAGAUUUAUGUAAGUUCAGCCACAGAACUAGUAAAUGGGAAAACUGGGAUUUAAAUCCAGAUCUCCAAAUUCAACACACUUCUUACCAUAGUGUACUGCCUCCCAUGAAGUUUCCACAACUGGAAUAUAAUUUUCUUGAGUGUAGUGAUUGUUUUGCUUUAUGUUACAUAACAUAUUGAGUGAUUACUUUUGUCUUUGUAUCUCUAGUGUGUAGUAUAUAGUACCUCAGCGGAGACUUAAGAAAUGCUUGAUUGCUUUUUGUUAUUGGAAAAAGAUCUGUUUUUCAUAGAUGAAAGAGUCAGUUAUCAGUUCAUUAAGAUCUUUCUGUGUUUCAGGCACUAUGCACUGGACAUACAAAAAAAUAAAACCAUCCUUAUCAAGGUAUUAUCAUGCUAUUGUGGGAAAUAACAGGUACAUUAAAUAUAUCCAAAAUAAAUUCAAGGUAAAUACUUCAGUGGAAGAACACUAGUAGUGUCUUUAAUCUGAAAACUUGUCCUCAAACAGUGUUUUGAAGGACAAUAGGGGUCUGAGAAGUUAGGUAAAAAUGAGGUUCAUUCUGGUAUGGCAGAUAGUCAGUACCAUAUUUUGAGGAUAGAGAUCUUAUAGAGUUUUCCUUUCCUUUAGUUUGUUUUAUUUUGUAAAAUUUUAAAAAUGUUGUUAUCUAAUUCAGUUUGUUAUGGUAUGUGAUGUGAGAAGCAACCCCUGUGCCCCCUCCUUCCCUUUACAUAUUCAACCAUCCAGUUUUCUUUUCAUUUUUUAUUGAGUAGUGAUUUUGUUCCUGUUUUUGAGUAUAGACUAGUUAAAUACUAAUUGUUGAUGUUUUAAUUUUAACUAUUAUUUUUAAAUUUUGAACUUAAACACCAAAAAGUGCAUACCAUACAUAAAGCAGGACACAAAAAAGUGGAUUUAGAUGAAACCAUGAAUGUCCAUAUUGCACCACUUGUGUGUGUGUUUUUUUUAAUAAAUUCUACUUUUCAAAA